GGUCACCCCGCGACACAGCACGCGGUUAAACGUCAAACUGGAGCGUUCUGCGGGCGAGGCCACGCAGGCGAGUUGAAGCCCGACUCCCCCCUACCGGAUGCAGGCGGUGGUUUGCUCCGUAGUAGGUGGGACGGUGAGCGGUCUGCACCAGGACGUCGUAGAUCAAUGAACCGAACCGGAGGCUCGCUCGCUCGAUAAGCUGCUGUACAUCAAACUGAGCUAACUGGUUAAAUGUGUCACUAGCAAAGCAAAAGAGAGGGCACACACACGCUUUGUUCCGCUUAACCAAGCCGCUCAGUAUGCCCAUGUUUUAACCAGACGGGUUAUUAUUUUCGAGCCUUUACACACCGCUUCCGACCUUUUUUAUUAAAUCUGCGAUUAUAAUAAUUUUUUUUUAUUUUUAUUUUUUUGGGGGGGUAGUGGGGGGGGCGCAGGGGGAGUCCUGCUCUAACCUCCAGGAUGAUCUUUGCAAACACGGGCAACCCGCUGAAAGCUGCCACUCGCAAGCAGUCGUACCCCAUGACUCCGUCCAGUCCUAGCAGCAGCAGCAACAGCAGCAGCACGGGCCUGGAGCAGCUCAGCAAGACCAACCUGUACAUCCGAGGCCUGCCUCCCGCCACCACUGACCUGGACCUGGUCAAACUCUGUCACCAGUAUGGCAAGAUUCAGUCGGCAAAGGCGAUUCUGGACAAGACAACCAACAAAUGUAAAGGUUACGGCUUUGUGGACUUUGACAACCCGGCGGCUGCUUUGAAGGCCGUACACGCUCUGAAAACCAGCGGCAUUCAAGCCCAGAUGGCCAAGCAACAGGAACAAGACCCCACAAAUCUGUAUAUUUCCAACCUGCCUCUGUCUGUGGAUGAGAAAGAGUUGGAGAACAUGCUGCAGCCUUUCGGCCAAGUCGUUUCCACGCGCAUCCUCCGUGACUAUGGCGGCAACAGCAGAGGUGUGGGCUUCGCCAGGAUGGACACCACCGAGCAGUGUAACGCCGUGAUCUCACACUUCAACGGGAAAUUCAUCAAGAUGGCCUCCGGAGCGCUGACUCCCUCUCAGCCCUUGUUGUGCAAGUUUGCAGACAGUCAAAGGAAGAAACACGCUCACGGUGGAUUUGUUCCCAAUGGACAGUCAGGCGAUCUCAGACUAGGCGCAAUGACUCUUACCUAUGAUCCCUCCUCAGCAGCGAUGCAGAAUGGGUACUAUCCAUCUCCGUAUCCAGUGACCAACAGGAUAAUGACCGUGCAGCCGGCGAUGUCCCCCUACAUGUCUCCUCUCUCUGCUUACCAGGUUCAGAGUCACUCCUGGGUGGCACAUCAGCCAUAUAUCAUGCAGCACCCGGCUCCGGUGAUGUCUCCCUCUGUGGAUCCGUCCAUGUCACUGCACCCCUCUGCUAUGAUUACUCAGCAAAUGGGUCAGCUGUCCCUCGGGAACACUGGCGCGUAUAUUGCAGCCAACCCGGGGGUCCAAGGUGCUUACAUGCCGCAGUAUCCUCCUCUGCCGGGAGCGCCGGAAAACGGCACCCCACAACAAGUGGAUUCUUCCAACAAUUCGUCCCCUUACAGUCAACUCAGCAAGUAACCACAGGCUCAGUGAUUCCUCGGCGAGCCAGAGGGUUGGUGGGAGUGGGCAGAAGACGUCCCCGUUGCAGCAGCCCUCUCUGAUUGGACCAGACACACAAACGUUUUUGCACAGCCCUUAUGCUUGUGUUGGAAAGCGAGGACAGUGAAAAUGCACUCAAGCAGUUGGCUAAAUCACACACACAAAAAAAAGAAAAAAAUAGAUUUAUUUUGAUAAGAAACAACAUGCUCUUCAAGAUUUUCUCUUUUUUCAAGAAGGAUUCUCAAAUUCCAGAGGACAUCCCUCCCCCGCAACCCCAUUAUCCACAGUAUGAUGUGAUUUUACAUGCAUGAGAUUGCGAUGAUUUUAUUAUUAUUAUUUUUUAAAUGAUUUAAUAGUUACUUACCCCCCCCCCCCUGCAAAGCCUAAUUUGCACUGACUUCUAAAGUUUAAAAAAA